AAAAGCCAGACAGCGAGGCUUUUCCCAGUGUCAUGGUAGAUUCUUGAAACCCAAAUCUCGGCCUCUCAUCGAAGCUAAAGAGGAGCUGGAGUCCAGAAAUAUGAAUUACUGCAGAGAAACCGUAGCUGCUCUGAAGGCAUGCAGAGAGAGGACGAGGGAAUUGCGUCUGGCACUUCAGGAGGCAAAGGGACCGCAAACACCCAGCGGUCCUGCGGGUCUUAAUCUAGAAGAAGAAAAUUGCAGGCUGGAGAUCAAAUUAAAAGCCCAAGAUGAAGGCCUGAAGGCUCUGAAGCUGAUAAUCCAAGGACAGGAAACAGCAGCAAAUGAAGCAAAGCAAAACCUUCUGGAAAAGGAGAGGCGAAUAGCGGUGCUGGAAAUGGAGCUCAAAGUGAGAGCCUCCAGGAGUGAAGUUGUCCGACUUCGAGCUGCGUUGGAGGAGAAAGAGACUGUCCUAACUAAUACGCUAACGGAGAACCAGACUCUCAAGGCCCAGCUUAACAAAGGGGCUGAACUGUACAAGGAGGAGAUCGAGGACCUCAAAACUCAGCUGGCUAAAGCUGAUAUGGCACAAAUCAAGGAGUCCAAACGUUUUGGCUGGGAAUUGGCAAAUGCAAAAGCUCUGGUGGAGCAAAGGGAUGAACAAUUAAGAAAAGUAAAAGAAGAGUUGCGCAGCGUUCAACUUGAGCAGGAUGUAACAGUCGUGCACGGCCAGGACGUUCCUCAGCCCCCCCUGCCCAUCACUUGUGGUGGCGGAAGCGGAAUUGUGCAGAGUACCCAGAUGCUUGUGCUAAAUGCCGAGCGGGCCAAACUGGCGAGGGAAGUCGGCCGACUCAAGACUGAAAACGAACUGCUGCUCACGUGA